GGCUGCUGAGCAGAGCCGAGCCAGGGCCUGGAGCCUGGGGCCGGGGGAUGGGCUGCCCGCGGGCGGAGAAAACCAGCUUGGUUCCGCCCCUGCGCUGCCGGCCUCGGUCUUUAAGCGCCUCCCGCCCAGCCUCAGCGUUGAAUCGCUUCGCCGCGCUCCCUCCUUCCCUGCUUGCCUUCCUUUUCUCCCCGACUCCGCUCGGUUCCAGUGGCCAACCCUGCAUCCCCAGCCCAGGUGCCAUGGCUGCUGUGUACCGCCCCGGCCUGCGGCUUAGCUGGCACAGACUGAGCCCCUGGUGCUGGUCAUCGCACCGUGGCAUCCAGAACCUGCGGGUGCUCAGUGGAGACCUGGGCCAGUUGCCUGCUGGAGUGCGAGACUUUGUGGAGCGCAGUGCACACCUUUGCCAACCAGAGAGCGUUCACGUCUGUGAUGGGAGUGAGGCUGAGAAUACUGCCACGCUGGCCCUCCUGGAACAGCAGGGCCUCAUCCGGAAGCUCCCCAAGUACAGUAACUGCUGGCUGGCCCGCACAGAUCCCAAGGAUGUGGCACGAGUAGAGAGCAAGACGGUGAUUGUAACUCCUUCUCAGCGGGACACGGUGCCCCUCCCAGCUGGUGGGGCCCGUGGGCAGCUGGGCAACUGGAUGUCCCCAGCAGAGUUCCAGCAAGCUGUGGAUGAGAGGUUUCCAGGCUGCAUGCAGGGCCGCACGAUGUAUGUGCUUCCAUUCAGCAUGGGUCCCGUGGGCUCCCCACUCUCCCGCAUCGGGGUGCAGCUCACCGACUCAGCCUAUGUGGUAGCAAGCAUGCGUAUCAUGACCCGGCUGGGGACUCCUGUGCUUCAAGCCCUGGGAGAUGGUGACUUUGUCAAGUGUCUACACUCUGUGGGCCAGCCCUUGACCUGGAAAGGGGAUCCGGUGAGCCAGUGGCCAUGCAACCCAGAAAAAACCCUGAUUGGCCACGUGCCAGACCAACGGGAGAUCGUCUCCUUCGGCAGCGGCUAUGGUGGCAACUCCUUGCUGGGCAAGAAGUGCUUUGCCCUGCGCAUCGCCUCUCGCCUGGCCAGGGAUGAGGGCUGGCUGGCGGAGCACAUGCUGGUCUUGGGUAUCACCAGCCCUGCGGGGAAGAAGCGCUACGUGGCAGCUGCCUUCCCCAGUGCCUGUGGCAAGACGAAUCUGGCCAUGAUGCGGCCCACACUGCCAGGCUGGAAAGUAGAGUGUGUGGGGGACGACAUCGCCUGGAUGAGGUUUGACAGUGAAGGUCGACUCCGGGCCAUCAAUCCUGAGAAUGGCUUCUUUGGGGUGGCUCCUGGUACUUCUGCUAUCACCAAUCCCAAUGCCAUGGCCACAAUCCAGAGCAAUACUCUUUUCACCAAUGUGGCUGAGACCAGCGAUGGUGGCGUGUACUGGGAGGGUAUUGACCAGCCUCUUCCACCUGACAUCACCGUGACUUCCUGGCUGGGCAAACCCUGGAAACCUGGUGACAAGGAACCCUGUGCACACCCCAACUCUCGUUUUUGUGCUCCUGCUCGGCAGUGCCCCAUCAUGGACCCAGCCUGGGAGGCCCCAGAGGGUGUCCCCAUUGAUGCUAUCAUCUUUGGAGGUCGCAGACCCAAAGGGGUGCCCCUGGUAUAUGAAGCCUUCAGCUGGCGUCAUGGGGUGUUCGUGGGUAGUGCCAUGCGCUCUGAGUCCACUGCUGCAGCUGAGCACAAAGGGAAGAUCAUCAUGCAUGACCCAUUUGCCAUGCGGCCCUUUUUUGGCUACAACUUUGGGCGCUACCUGGAACACUGGCUGAGUAUGGAGGGGCACAAGGGGGCCCAGCUACCCCGCAUCUUCCAUGUCAACUGGUUCCGGCGUGAUGAGGCAGGCCAUUUCCUGUGGCCAGGCUUUGGGGAGAACUCUCGGGUACUAGACUGGAUCUGCCGGCGGUUAGAGGGGGAAGACAGUGCCCGAGAGACUCCCAUUGGGCUGGUGCCAAAGGAGGGAGCCCUGGAUCUCAGUGGUCUCAAACCCAUAGAUACCACUCAGCUGUUCUCACUCCCCAAAGACUUCUGGGAACAGGAGGUUCGUGAUAUUCGGAGUUACCUGACAGAGCAGGUCAACCAGGACCUGCCCAAGGAGGUGUUGGCCGAGCUGGAGGCCCUGGAAGGACGUGUGCACAGAAUGUGACCUAAGGCUCCAGACUAGCAGGACAGCAUAACAUCCCUAUCUGAGAAUAGGGAACCCCUACACUUGCAGAAAAUAAGAGCAAUUUGAUAUUAACAUCCGAGUGUCAUGAGACCAGGCCACAGACCUUCCCUCACUGUCCAAUAAUAAGUGAUGCUCAUUUAUUUUAGACAA